CAUAGUUUUUAAAUAUGUAUAAUUCAUUUAAUUGGUGAAGUUUUCCUCUUGGUUCAUGGUUGGUUGGUUAGUUGGUUUAUAGUCAUUUAAAACUAUUUUGAGACUAACUAGUUUCAGACAUGGCAGUUUUCUUUCUUUCUUUCUUUCUUUCUUUCUUUCUUUCUUUCUGAUGAUAUGUAAAACUGAUAAGUUACUAUACAAUUCUACUUUUUAUUUCCUGUAUCAUACAUCUUAGGGAAUGAGCUCUUCAGUGUAAGUGGUUUGAAUAAAUACUUGCUCAAUUUUAAUCAUUUUGAUUCUAAUUAUAAAAUGUAUUCCACCCUUAUAAUGAUUUCUUUUUAGCAUGCAGCUGCCAUUUUUACUUAGAUUAUUGAGGUAAUGGACUUGUGACCAGAGAGCUGGAUUCAGCCACCACUGUAUUAAGGGGAAGGGCUUACUUUUCCUUGUUAAUAUGUUUGCCUAAACCUUCUCUUUAAUUAAAAAGUGAAACCAAACUUGUUGGAAUUGUGUCUGUAGCAAAGGAUGAAUUCAAGCUGGACACUGGUAGUAUUUCUUUUUUGAUUUUUUAGUGAGUUUCAGAGAAUUGAGCUUGUGGGUAAAGUGUUUUUUAACAAAAUGAGUUGUUGCUAUAGUGAAUUUUUUUGGAAAUAUUGAAAAUUACUUAGUGCCUUUUAACUGUUAUCUUCAUGAAAUUCAGGUUGGGAUUAAAUGAUCUAAGAUCUGAGUUUAGAGCCUAGAGAAUAGAAUAGUUUUUGUUUUAUUGUUCAGACCUAUCAGCAUAGAAGGGAAAUGUAUAUCUGACUUGAUUUUCUUUUCUUUUUUUUUUAAUAUUUAUUUUUUAGCUGUAGUUGGACACAAUACCUUUAUUUUAUUUAUUUAUAUAUGGUGCUGAGGAUCGAACCCAAGGCCCCGCAUGUGCCAGGCCAGCGCUCCACCACUGAGCCACAACCCCAGCCCCCCCCCAACUUGAUUUUCUUGUAAUAUUUUCCCUCUUAGUUUUCUUUCAUCUACCCAUUAACUUAAAUCAUCCAUAUCUCUUUAGGUAUAUCUCCUGUUACAAGUCUUUGAUUGUUCGUAAGAUGGCAAAAAUAAAAAUCCAUUAUUCAAGGUUUUACUUCUCUCCAGACCACACUAAUUUCACAUCAGUCUCUUCCUUUUUCCUGAUUCUCAGCUCCCCAAAUUUACCUUUGCCAACUCUAUGCCUUUGCUUUCAACAUUCCUGUAGUCUAGGGUUUCUCAACUUUGACACUAUUGGCAUUUGGAACCAGAUAAAUUAUUUGUCAAGAGAACUGUCUGGUAAAUUGUAGGAUAUUUAGCAGCAUCUCUGGCAUCUGUCCAUAAAUGCCUAUAGCAUCCCCAAGCCCAGUCAUGACAACCAAAAAUGUCCACAAACAUUAUUGAAUGUUAAUCUAUGGGAGGUGGAGUGGAAUUGAUAGCAAGAACUUACAACAUUUUUGCUAUAAUGUUUCGUUAUGCAGUAUAGAUAUUAACCUGGGAAAAAGAAAGUGAAUUGCCAGCAGAUUUGGAGAUGGAAGAAAAGAGCGACACCUACUAUUGUAUGUUGUUUAAUGAUGAGGUUCACACCUAUGAACAAGUAAUAUAUACUCUCCAGAAAGCUGUUAACUGUACUCAAAAAGAAGCCAUUGGUUUUGCAACAACAGUGGAUCGAGAUGGACGUAGGUCUGUUCGAUAUGGAGACUUCCAGUAUUGUGAGCAAGCAAAAUCAGUAAUUGUGAGAAAUACCAGUAGACAGACAAAGCCACUCAAAGUUCAAGUUAUGCAUUCGUCUAUUGUUGCACAUCAGAAUUUUGGUUUGAAACUUUUGUCUUGGCUGGGAAGUAUUAUUGGAUAUUCAGAUGGCCUUCGCCGGAUUUUAUGUCAAGUUGGAUUACAGGAAGGACCAUAUGGUGAAAACUCUUGUCUGGUGGAUAGACUGAUGCUUAGUGAUUCCAAAUUAUGGAAAGGUGCUAGGAGUGUAUAUCAUCAAUUAUUCAUGAGCAGCCUACUUAUGGAUUUGAAAUACAAGAAACUAUUUGCCAUUCGAUUUGCAAAAAACUAUGAGCGUUUGCAGAGUGAUUAUGUGACAGAUGACCACGACAGAGAGUUUUCAAUCGCAGACCUCUCGGUUCAGAUAUUCACAGUUCCUUCACUUGCUCGAAUGCUCAUCACAGAAGAAAAUCUGAUGACCAUUAUUAUUAAAACUUUCAUGGAUCAUUUGAGACAUCGAGAUGCCCAGGGCAGAUUUCAGUUUGAACGAUACACUGCUUUACAAGCCUUCAAAUUUAGGAGAGUUCAGAGCCUUAUUUUAGAUCUCAAGUAUGUGUUAAUUAGCAAACCAACUGAAUGGUCAGAUGAGCUGAGGCAGAAGUUUCUAGAAGGGUUUGAUGCCUUUUUGGAAUUACUGAAAUGCAUGCAGGGAAUGGAUCCAAUCACCCGUCAAGUAGGACAACAUAUUGAAAUGGAACCAGAAUGGGAAGCAGCCUUUACACUACAAAUGAAACUAACACAUGUCAUUUCAAUGAUGCAAGACUGGUGUGCUUUAGAUGAAAAAGUGUUAAUUGAAGCUUACAAGAAAUGCCUUGCUGUAUUGAUGCAGUGUCAUGGUGGUUUUACUGAUGGUGAACAGCCUAUCACACUAAGCAUUUGUGGACAUUCAGUGGAAACUAUCAGAUACUGUGUUUCCCAAGAAAAAGUUAGCAUUCACCUCCCAGUUUCUCGCUUACUUGCAGGUUUGCAUGUAUUAUUAAGCAAAAGUGAAGUGGCAUAUAAAUUUCCAGAGCUCCUACCUCUAAGUGAACUUAGCCCACCAAUGUUGAUUGAACACCCUCUUAGAUGUCUUGUUUUAUGUGCCCAAGUACAUGCUGGGAUGUGGAGAAGAAAUGGGUUCUCACUAGUAAACCAGAUUUAUUACUACCAUAAUGUGAAAUGCAGACGUGAGAUGUUUGACAAGGAUAUAGUGAUGCUUCAGACAGGUGUCUCCAUGAUGGAUCCAAAUCAUUUCCUGAUGAUAAUGCUCAGCCGCUUUGAACUUUAUCAGAUUUUCAGUACACCAGACUAUGGAAAAAGAUUUAGUUCUGAAAUUACUCAUAAGGAUGUUGUUCAGCAGAACAAUACUCUAAUAGAAGAAAUGCUGUAUCUCAUUAUAAUGCUUGUUGGAGAAAGAUUUAGUCCUGGGGUUGGACAGGUUAAUACUACAGAUGAAAUUAAGCGGGAGAUUAUCCAUCAGUUGAGCAUCAAACCUAUGGCUCAUAGUGAAUUGGUAAAAUCUUUACCUGAAGAUGAAAACAAGGAGACUGGCAUGGAGAGCGUAAUUGAAGCAGUUGCCCAUUUCAAAAAACCUGGAUUAACAGGACGAGGCAUGUACGAACUGAAACCAGAAUGCACCAAAGAGUUCAACUUGUAUUUCUAUCACUUUUCAAGGGCAGAGCAGUCCAAGGCAGAAGAAGCUCAGCGGAAAUUGAAAAGACAAAAUAGAGAGGAUACAGCACUUCCACCUCCAGUUUUGCCUCCAUUCUGCCCUUUAUUUGCAAGUCUAGUUAACAUUUUGCAGUCAGAUGUCAUGUUGUGCAUCAUGGGAACAAUACUACAAUGGGCUGUGGAGCAUAAUGGAUAUGCCUGGUCAGAGUCAAUGCUACAAAGGGUGUUACAUUUAAUUGGAAUGGCACUACAAGAAGAAAAACAACAUUUAGAGAAUGUCAUGGAAGAGCAUGUAGUAACAUUUACCUUCACUCAGAAGAUUUCAAAACCUGGUGAAGCACCAAACAAUUCUCCAAGCAUCCUAGCUAUGCUGGAGACACUACAAAAUGCCCCCUACCUGGAAGUCCACAAAGAUAUGAUUAGGUGGAUUUUAAAGACUUUUAAUGCUAUUAAGAAGAUAAGAGAGAGUUCAUCUACCAGUCCUGUGGCAGAGACAGAAGGAACUAUAGUGGAAGAGAGUUCAAGAGACAAAGACAAAGCUGAGAGGAAAAGAAAGGCUGAGAUUGCCAGACUGCGUAGAGAAAAAAUCAUGGCCCAGAUGUCUGAGAUGCAGCGACACUUUAUUGAUGAGAACAAAGAGCUCUUUCAGCAGACAUUAGAACUGGAUUCCUCUACCUCUACUGUUCUUGAUAAUAGCCCUGUGGUUUCAGAUGUGAAACUUAUAGCACUGGGCCCAGCACAAACUCAGGUCCCUGAACAAAGACAGUUUGUUACCUGUAUAUUGUGUCAAGAAGAACAAGAAGUUAACGUGGAAAGCAGGGCAAUGGUCUUAGCAGCAUUUGUUCAAAGAUCUACUGUAUUGUCAAAAAACAGAAGAAAAUUUAUUCAGGAUCCAGAAAAAUAUGAUCCAUUAUUCAUGCACCCUGAUCUGUCUUGCGGAACACACACAGGUAGCUGUGGGCACAUUAUGCAUGCCCAUUGUUGGCAAAGGUAUUUUGAUUCCGUUCAAGCUAAAGAGCAGCGAAGGCAACAGAGGUUACGCUUACAUACAAGUUACGAUGUAGAAAAUGGAGAGUUCCUUUGCCCGCUUUGUGAAUGCUUGAGUAAUACUGUUAUUCCUCUGUUGCUCCCUCCAAGAAAUAUUUUUAACAGCAGGUCAAAUUUUUCAGACCAACCAAAUCUGAGUCAAUGGAUUAGAACAAUAUCUCAGCAAAUAAAAGCAUUACAGGUUCUUAGGAAAGAAGAAAGCACUCCCAAUACUGCCUCUUCAAAGAAUUCAGAGAAUAUGGGUGAAUUACAGCUCCCUGAAGGGUUCAGGCCUAAUUUUCAUCCUAAGAAUCCUUAUUCUGAGAGCAUAAAGGAAAUGCUAACAACAUUUGGAACUGCUACUUAUAAGGUGGGACUAAAGGUUCAUCCCAAUGAAGAAGAUCCCCGGGUGCCCAUAAUGUGUUGGGGUAGUUGUGCAUACACCAUUCAGAGCAUAGAAAGAAUUCUGAGUGAUGAAGAUAAACCAUUGUUUGGUCCUUUGCCAUGCAGACUGGAUGACUGUCUCAGGUCACUAACAAGAUUUGCAGCAGCACAUUGGACAGUGGCAUCACUUUCAGUGGUACAAGGGCAUCUUUGUAAACUUUUUGCAUCAUUGGUGCCUAAUGAUAGCUAUGAAGACCUUCCAUGCAUAUUAGAUAUCGACAUGUUUCAUUUAUUGGUGGGCUUGGUGCUGGCUUUCCCUGCCUUGCAGUGUCAGGAUUUUUCAGGGGUCAGCCUCAGCACUGGAGACCUCCACAUUUUUCAUCUGGUUACUAUGGCACACAUCAUACAGAUCUUACUUACCUCAUGUACAGAAGAGAAUGGCAUGGAUCAAGAAAAUCCCACUGGUGAAGAAGAAUUAGCAGUUCUUGCUUUGUAUAAAACCAUUCACCAGUAUACAGGAAGUGCCUUGAAAGAAAUACCUUCUGGCUGGCAUCUGUGGAAGAGCAUCAGAGCUGGGAUCAUGCCUUUUCUGAAGUGCUCUGCGUUGUUUUUUCAUUACCUAAAUGGAGUUCCAUCCCCACCUGACAUUCAAGUUUCUGGACUAAGCCAUUUUGAACAUUUAUGUAACUACCUUUCCCUACCAACCAAUCUCAUUUGCCUUUUUCAAGAAAAUAAUGAGAUAAUGAAUUCACUGAUUGAAAGUUGGUGUCAUAACAGUGAAGUUAAGAGAUAUCUAGCAAGUGAAAGAGAUGCAAUAAGCUAUCCAAGAGAAUCUAACAAAUUAAUAGACCUUCCAGAGGAUUACAGCAGCCUCAUAAAUCAAGCAUCCAAUUUCUCGUGCCCCAAAUCAGGUGGUGAUAAAAGCAGAGCCCCAACUCUGUGCCUUGUAUGUGGAACUCUGCUGUGCUCCCAGAGCUACUGCUGCCAGACUGAGCUAGAAGGGGAGGAUGUAGGAGCCUGCACAGCUCAUACCUACUCCUGCGGCUCUGGUGCAGGCAUCUUCCUGAGAGUACGGGAAUGUCAGGUGCUAUUUUUAGCUGGCAAAACCAAAGGCUGUUUUUAUUCUCCUCCUUACCUGGAUGACUAUGGGGAGACAGACCAGGGACUCAGACGGGGAAAUCCUUUACAUUUGUGCAAAGAGCGAUUUCAGAAGAUUCAGAAGCUCUGGCACCAACACAGUAUCACAGAGGAGAUCGGACAUGCACAGGAAGCAAAUCAGACACUGGUUGGCAUUGACUGGCAACAUUUAUAAUCACUUCAUUGCCAAAAACAUGAACUUGGAGUUUUGUAACCCACUUGGCUUUUCAAGAAAGAGAAUAGGAAAUAAGUUCAGCUGAAUUUUGAAAUAAAUUCUUUAUUUAAGCCUUCCUGCCCAGUUUUAUCUUUGUAGUUUUCCAACUCCAGGGACUGAUGAAAAUCAUCUUCCAUCAGCAGAUUUUCUUGCACUGUGUCUGCCCCUCAAAUGCCCUGCCUUGGGUUUUAACAGCCAAUGAAGAGCUUCCCUUCCCGGACUGGAGCUCAGCCUCUGUGGGAGUCUGACCGCAUCAGCUAUUGCCAGUGGCCUGAACCAUUUCGCAUAUGGAAUCUGGUGAACUCUGGGGCUGGUGCUUAUUCGGCAGAGGCAGUCAGUGCCCAUCCAGGUCAUACUUCCUGGCUCCUCUAAGUGACUCAGGACUGGGACUGGGUUGGUGUUGCCCUCUGCUGACUGGACCCUACCUCUAAAAGCAACAUAGUUGAUUUCAAAGGCAGGAUUCCCUCCUCACUGUGGACUGAGAGAAGGUUGAGGAACAUGCAUGCUGAAGGAGCACACAGAGAGGAGUGGUUUCCUACUAUGCUGGCUGAUUUUUCACGGAUAUCAGAGGUUGAGGGUUUUUGUUUGUUUUUCCUAUUUUUAGCUUUGAGAGUAAAACUCACUAAAAGGGCUUUUUGAAAACUGAAAGAAUCUAAUUUGUCAGACAGUAAUUUUAUCUAUUCUUUUUAAGGCUAAAUGGAGAGAAUAUAUGCAUCUAGAAUCAUACACUAGCAAAAAAAAAAAAAAAAAAAGAAAAGAAAAAAAUACUCGGUGUUUUGAGUUCCCCACCCUGUCCAGCAUUCUCUGGAAUACUGAUUUGCUGCUUACCUAGUGGCUUACUUAGUACAUUCCUGGGAUGCACCCAGGCUUUUUAUUCCUUUUAAGUAUCAUUCUUACUAAGAGGUGCCUUCCUAGAAUGACAGCUGCUCAGUAAAAUGGCUUAGAACUCUUUUCUUUUUUGGGGGGGAGGGGCGAGAGGGGUACUGGGGAUUGAGCCCAGAGAUACUUUACCACUGAGCCACAUCCCCAGCCUUUUUUAUUUUAAGACAGAGUCUUGCUAAAUUUCUUAGGGCCUCACUCAAUUGCUGAGGCUGGUCUUAAACUUGUUAUCCUGCUGCCUCAGUCUCCUGAAUUGUUGGUAUUACAGGCAGGCAACACUGCAUCCAGCUAGAACUCUUACAUACCACACAGUUACUCACAUUUGAUACAAGUGUGCUGAGAGCUUGGAUACAUACUAAAAGUGACAUGGAUUUAGUGGAGGAAUAGAUCUUGCCUCUCUAGGGUGGGGCUAAGGAGCAAAUGAAUGACCAGAGGCUCUUCAAUUUUAUAACCAAUGCAAGUAACCCUGUUACUCAGCAUUGCAUCAGCAAGUUCCAUUCCACUCAUCUGUGCACGCUCCACAGAAUUCCCGAGAGGAAGGUCAGAAAUCCAGACCUGAGACUAAAGUAAGAGAAAAUGCAGAAGCCACAUCUCUCUCCAAAGUUGUUUGUAAAGGAACCACUUCCUUUUGAAAGGUUGGCCUUAAAAUUCUUUUGCUUGCAGUUGGCCCACACAGUAAGCAAAGAUUCAGCGGGAAGAAAAUCCAAAUUAGAAUCCAUCUCUCUCCUACAUUUCCUGGCCUUUCUUUGAUUUAUACAGUCUGAUUGUUUGGGCUGUAAAUGGCAUAAUUUAGGUUUCUUUUGGUCUUUGACAAAUGGUUUCUUUCGCUUUUAAGUUUAGCUUCUUUUUUUUUUUCCCCCCAUGUGUUUACCAUACUUGGACUUUAAAUUAUAAGACCAGGUUUCUCCCUUUAAGUGGAUUAUAAACUUUUUCACCAAAUCAUAACAGUGCUCCAGCUUUUCAGGCCUGACUUCAUAGAAGCCUGGAGUUAGCAGAAUUUGUGUCCCUGGAUUCUAUUCUCUGAGAAAAUCAAAGGGUCUGGAAGAAGAUGAAUUUACAUGAAUUUGCAAUGUGCACAACCUUUUAUUUUCUGAUGUUAAGUUAGUUGUCUUCCCUGUCUUCCUUACUUAACAAAGCAACUUAGUUUUAUUUGUUUCGCAUGUUUUAUGUUUAUUGUAGAAAUGUUAAUAUAACAUGCUUUCCAUAUCAGGGAAUCAUAUCUGUUUAAUAAAUUGGGUAUAACUUUAAUAUCUGUGAACAACUUGUAAAAUUUGAGAUGUAUCAUAUGUAAAAAGUUUAAAGAUAACCAAAUAAAUGCUUUAGGUGUUGACAUUA